AGCAAUCUUCCGAUUCGUACCUUGACGUAGCAUAUUUAUGCACAUACGCAAACAAUAAACACAUGUUGUAUGUUGACUUUGAUGUCAGCUUUUAAGGAAAGGCCUAUUUUCAUUCAAGGAAGACUACAGUUUCGUCAGGCGCUUGCAACAAAAUGCACAUGGUCGCUUAAAACAUCAGGAAAGUAACGUUUUCAUGUCGGCGUGAGGAAUGUAAUGCAAGUUUAGCAGUCCGUGCACAGAUGAUGAAGAUAUGAAGAAGAAAGACAGAGGUCAUCGGGAGAAAAGCGAGGGGAAGGGAGUGGAUGACAUUACUUCGAAAACAGCAGGGCUGAAUCAAGACCUCAAGUGUCAAAGCAUUGAUGAGUACCAAUGCACUGGCAACGUGGAAGUAGACUUUCUUGAAGUCACUGCUCUUCUGGGCAUCAGUGAAAUCCCCACGGUAACACAUAGGCAACAAGCAGCUACCUCUCCAUCAUUUGAGAAAGGGGUAGAAGAGAGCCCAUGGGGUCCUAAGCGUCAGUUACUGGUGGACUUGGAGAGCGACGAUCCCAAGAGUGUGAAGGCAGUCAAAGUCUUUGGUUGGAGAACGGAUGAAGUCAUGGUCAAGGCACUGAACAAGAUCUUACCAUCACUCAACCAACUUCAGACGCUACACUUGUGGCAGGCAGGCCUGACGCCGCAUACUCUAGUCUCACUGAGGCCCACCCUACCUCUAUGCUCCAACCUCAGGACAGUGGUGUUAGAGGGCAACCCAGGCAUUAAGGACAGCCUCCAUCUUCUAUUGUCCGAAGACAGCAAUAUUGCCCACUUAUCACUGAGGCACAAUCAGAUUGACAAGGAAGGAGCUUGUCUGAUUGGCUCUGCCCUUUCCACCACCCAGUCCACCAACAAGAACCUCAUCUCUCUCAAUCUGGCCUUCAACUCCAUCGGGGAUGAGGGAGCCAAGCACAUUGCACGGGGUCUGCGUCUCAACCGCUCCCUCCUGUGUCUGUCUCUGGCCAACAACCACAUUGGAGAUGCAGGAGGUGCUUCCCUGGCUGAGAUUUUAAGUCCUUUCCCUAUGUGUCAUGAGGAGAUUGUUGAAAGACGGAGGCUCUUAGCCAGCAGAGACCAAUCCCCCACCCCUAGUGAUCGUCCUCAGUCCAUCCCCAGCAGCUGUUCUGUGGACCAGGGCACCAACAAGGGAGCCAAGGCCUCAGGCAAGAGGAAGGACAAGCCAUCAUCAAUAUCCAUCGCAGGGCCUAAGAAAGACGAGGGGAAAAUGUCCAAAAAAGUGUCUGACAGCAAAGUGCAAGUGCCUCGGACCAAGCAGAAGUCUGAGAACAAAGACAGACGGCAAUCAAUUGUGGACUCAGAGGACAAGAGUGGCUUAGGACAAAAUAAGGCUGAUGGGGAAGGGAUUGCGAGCACCUUGUUGGAUCCGGGCGUGCAGCAUGUUGGAGGGAAAUUCAUCAUGCCUGGCAACACAGCGCUGACUUCCCUCAACCUGGCAGGUAACCUCCUGACAGAGUGCUCCAUGCAGCUCUUCUGCUCCUCUCUGCAGGCCCAGGGAGACGGAGGAGGAGGAGGAGGCGGCGGAGGAGGAGGGGGAGGCCUCCUGCGGCUCAGCCUCAGCAGAAACCGCUGCCCCUCAGACUGCAAGGCCUACCUGAGGAUUCAGGAGGUGAUGGCCCAGAGAGACCCGCUCAACAAGAGCUCAGCCAGUCAGGCUGAGGACGGACAAGGAGUUGCUGAAUGAUCGAAAGCGGCUGAUGAGAUUUCAAUAUUUACCUUUUACUUUUUGUUUUUUAAACAACACAGUUUGCUGUAUGUUCAUUGCUGUAUUAGGUUACAUUGUUGUUAUAGCCUGUUAUGACAUGUUUCUUUCUUAUUUAAGAAAAAAAAAGAU